GUUGAAAUUUUAAAUCUCACUGAGCGCUCAGUAAGUCGGUUAGUUUCAGUCAGUUUAGCGUUGAUGGAGUGAAAAUGACGGAGGAAUCCGCAGUAAAAGUGUGCGUUAGAGUCAGACCUCUUAUUAAAAGGGAGGAGUCUGAAAGCCCAGAGCCAGUGCAGCUCUACUGGAGAGCCGACAAACAGGCCAUCCAUCAGCUGGAUGAUGAUGGAGCUCAAACUAAGAGCUACAGCUUCGACCGUGUGUUCAGUGCUGAAGAGACCACUGCUCAGCUCUACCAGGACAUUGCAAAGCCACUGGUCGUGUCAGCAGUUGAAGGCUAUAACGGCACGAUAUUUGCCUACGGACAGACAUCUUCUGGAAAGACCUUCACCAUGAUGGGAAGGGAACAUAACCCUGGAGUGAUUCCUCUUGCCAUGGCUGAUGUCUUCAAAACUAUUAAAAAUUGUCCAAAGAAAGAGUUUCUCCUGCGUGUGAGCUACAUGGAAAUCUACAAUGAAACAGUCACAGAUUUGCUCUGCGAGAGCUGGAAAAGAAAACCUCUGGAAAUCCGUGAAGGGAACUACAAAAACGUGUAUGUGGCUGAUCUGACAGAAGAGCUGGUGACGUCUCCGGAACAAGCCCUGUCCUGGAUCACCAAAGGAGAAAAAAACCGACAUUAUGGAAAAACAAAAAUGAACCAGCGUAGCAGCCGCUCUCACACCAUCUUCCGCAUGAUCUUGGAGAGUCGUGAGAGAAGUGACCCGGCGUCCGGUGAAAACGCUGAUGGAGCCAUCAUUGUGUCACACUUGAACUUGGUGGAUCUUGCUGGUGCUGAGCGGGCGAGUCAAACAGGAGCUGAGGGAGCCCGCUUUAAAGAAGGGUGCAACAUAAACCGCAGUUUGUUCACUCUCGGUCAAGUCAUUAAGAAAUUAUCCGAUGAGAGUCAGAAGGGCUUCUUAAAUUACAGAGACAGUAAACUGACCCGGAUCCUUCAGAACUCUUUGGGUGGCAAUGCCAAAACUGUCAUUAUUUGCACCAUCACCCCAGCCACUGUCGACGAGACUGUCAGCACUUUACAGUUUGCUAGUGCUGCCAAGCGCAUGAAGAACGACCCUCAUGUCACAGAGGUCUCUGAUGAAGGAGCUCUCUUGAGAAGAUACCGCAAUGAGAUUGUUGAUCUCAAACGACGUCUGCAAGAGGUUUCCUCUGUCACACAAACAACUGCGACCGAGCGAGAAUCCCUGUGUCAGCUUCUGCAGGAGAAAGACCAGCUCCGGAGAGAGCAGGAGGACAGGAUUAAGAACCUAACCAAGCUACUAGUAACUGCCUCAAAUGUGGCCCUAAUCCCUAAGGUUCCAAAGAGGAGAGUGACGUGGGGUGGGAAGCUGCUGAGGUCUGCUCAUCUUCUGAAUGAUGAUCUCGGCGUGAGUGACAUGAGUUUCGCAGAGCCGUACAUCAAGAAGAGAAGAGCUGACUGCUCUCUGCCCAAUGAGGGAGAGGAUGUGGAUGAGUUUGACAGCCGGUUUGAUUUCACUGCUCUGGAGGAACCCGACAUGGAAAUGAGCAGCAUCACUGUCCGCAGCUCCUCUGAAGGGAGUAAUUUCUUGGACUCGCCCCGAGCAAGCGAGCUGACGUUGAAGGUGGCGUCUCUAGAGCGUCAGCUGGAAGCAGAAACUCAGUGCAAACAGAGAGCAGAGGAGAUGAGCACUGAACUCCAGCUGAAGAUCUCUGAGUUGCAGAACAAGCUGGAGGCUCAAGCCACGCCAUCAGAGGAGAAGACAAUCUCUCAGCUGGAGAAACAGAUGGAGGCAUUGCAGAGUCGACUGGAGAAGGAGGUUGAGGAGAAACAGAAGGCACAGGAGGAAACCUCCUCACUGGAACUGAAGGUGGCAGAGCUGGCGAAAACUUCAGAAGCCCUGCUGCACUCACAGCACACAUGUGAACAGCUAAAAAAAGAUCUGGAAGAGGCCAUUCAGUUCUGUGAGACUCUUGGAUUUGAGAAAGACGCUGUUAUUGCCGAACGAGACCUGAUCAAACACACGCUUCAAAUGAUAACUGAAGAUCUGGAGAGUCUGAAGGCAGAGAAAGACUCUCUUCAGAAAGAUAAAGAUGCUCUGCAGAAGGACAUCGAUGAGAGGAAAGAUGCAGAUGAGUUUGAGAAACUAGAACAGGAGAGCAAGAGAGAGUAUGAGAGAGAAUUGGAGGCUGAAAACUCCAAACUGCUGCAGGAUUUACAACAUUCAGAAGACAUGAUCCAAAAGCUGAAGGCUGACCUGGCGAUGAUGUCAUCAGAGCUUCAGAAGAAGACGGACCUGACUACUGAGCUACGGAGUUUUAGUGACAAGGAUCUGGUCCAGGAAGUGAAACGUCUACGGCGCUCUCUUGACGAUGCUGAGGGUCUCAGUUUGGAGACCAAGAAAGAAUGGGCCUUCCUGCGGAGUGAGAACAUCUCCCUCAAAGAGAGAGAUGCAACCCUGACUACAGGCUAUGAGAAGAUGGAAGCUGAGGUGAAGAUGCUUCAGGACAAGCUGGAGCAGGAGAAGUCUCGCUUCAAGAAGAUGCAAACGGAUCUUCAAAAAGAACUAAUGGGUGCUUUCGAUGAGAAUACCAAACUAACUGCUCUUCUGGAUGGAAAAGUACCAAAAUAUCUGACAGAUAGUCUUGUGUUGGAGAAAACUGUCUGCGACUUGCGUAAGGAGCUUGAUCAGAGUCAUGAGAGGGAGCUAUGUUUGCAGAGUAAGAUGGAGCAGAUGGAAACGCUUCCUGUUAAAGUGGAUGAAUUGCAGAGACAGGUGUGUGGUCUGUCAGAAGAGCUGAGUUCUGUUAGACAGGAGAGAGACACUUUGAUAUCCUCUCAGUCCAGUGUGAAUGAAGACCAUCAGAGACUGAAAGAUGAGAUGUCUAAAGCUCAGGGUCAGCUGCUAAAGAUGGAGAGUGAUCUGGUUGAUGCUCAGCUGAAGGAAGCAGAACUGAGCCAACAGCUCACAGAGACAUCAGAACUGCUUCAGAACAUCCAGACAGAUCUCCAGCACGUCACACAGGAGAACAGCACACUGCUCACAUCAUUAGAGGAGGCCACACAGAAGUCGGUGCAGUUGAGUGCAGAGCUGGAGUCUGUUCGUGGAGCGAGAGAUGUGCUUUUGUCUGAGAAGAUGGAGGAAGUUCAGAGAGACCCAGAUGAGAUGGAGAAGCUGCGGCACACUAUCGGCUCAAUAACUGAAGAGCGAGAGCAGCUCCAGGAGAUUCUACAGGGCCUGAGAGAAGAGAGAGACGAGCUCAAGAGAGACAUGGAGGAAAAUGUGGAGAUGAUGAUUGAGACUCAAGCAGAACUGAGAGAUGCUCAGGAGAAGGUGAAGGACCUUCAGGGAAGAUUACACAACCUGGAAUCACAGAGAGUUCAGAAGGUCGACCAAUAUGUGGACCAGAAGAACUGUGAAGAUGGACAUCUGGACAAACUACAAGAUCAGCAGCUAACAGAAGAGCUCAGUGCUGCUGUUUGUGAGAAGGAGCCUCUGCUCACGGAGCGAUCUAACCACCAAGAGCAGUCUGAUGUGAUGGAGAAGAUGAAAGCAGAAGACACAUCUUUGACACAAGAACGAGAUCAGCUUCAGGAGAGACUACGGGAGCUGGAGAGAGAUGAUGUUCAGAUGAAAACGCAUCUGGAAAAGAAAAACGAGAAGAUUCUGCAGGCUCAGUCAGAGUUGCAGGAACAGCAGCAGCUUUUGAAUCAAGAACAAGAAGAUUCCAAUGAGGAGAACAAUUCUCUGCUUCAGCAGAUUCAGACACUCAAAGAAGAGCUUGAGACUUUAUUAGAGCAGAGAAACCAGCUGACAUUGGACCUUCAAGAGACCUCUCAACAGGUGUGUGGUCUGUCAGAAGAGCUGCGUUCUGUUAAACAGGAGAGAGACACUUUGAUAUCCUCUCAGUCCAGUGUGAAUGAAGACCAUCAGAGGCUGAAAGAUGAGACGUCUAAAGCUCAGGAUCAGCUGCUGAAGAUGGAGAGUGAUCUGGUUGAUGCUCAGCUGAAGGAAGCAGAACUGAGCCAACAGCUCACAGAGACAUCAGAACUGCUUCAGAACAUCCAGACAGAUCUCCAGCACGUCACACAGGAGAACAGCACACUGCUCACAUCAUUAGAGGAGGCCACACAGAAGUCAGUGCAGUUGAGUGCAGAGCUGGAGUCUGUUCAUGGAGAGAGAGAUGUGCUUUUGUCUGAGAAGAUGGAGGAAGUUCAGAGAGACCCAGAUGAGAUGGAGAAGCUGCGGCACACUAUCAGCUCAAUAACUGAAGAGCGAGAGCAGCUCCAGGAGAUUCUACAGUGCCUGAGAGAAGAGAGAGACCAGCUCAAGAGAGACCUUGAAGACACUAAUGGGAUGCUUAUGCAGGAUCAGCAGGAACACGGCGGCUCACAGACAGACACACAGCAUGAUGAACUCCUCCAGCAGAUGCAGCAGCUUGAACAGGAGCUGGACACUGUGAAUGAGGAGAAGAACCAGUUAAAAUCUGAUCUACAGGAGAAUGUUGAAAUGAUGAUUGAAAAUCAAGAGGAGUUGAGAGGAGCUCUCGAGAAGGUGAAAGAUCUUCAGAACACCAUACGAGAGCUGGAGUCUCAGCAAACGCUAAUGGAGUCCAAACUCCAGGACUCUGAAAACGCAUCCAAACAGCUGCAGGAGCUGCAGGUUCAGAUGGUCCAGUUGAAGUCAGAGCUUCAGUCUGUUUGUGCCGAGAGAGACCGUGUGGCAUCUGAAAGAACCGGAGAGAUGGAGAAGAUGAGCUCCAGAAUGAGCUCUGUGACUGAGGAGAGAGAUCAGCUCCUGGAGACUCUACAGUGGCUUACAGAUGAGAACAAGCAGCUCAAGAGAGACCAGCAGCAACAGGACGAGACACUGGUCCAGGUGAGAGAGCAGUUCCAGUCUGCCUGCACUGAGAGAGACCUUCUGCUGUCUGAGAAGAACAAGAGCGAUCUGGAGAACAUGACGCUAGAGGAAGUCCAGACGAGCAUGGCUUCUGUCACUGAGGAGAGAGAGCAGCUUCUGGAGAUCCUGAAGGUCAACAGAGAGGAGAAGAAUCAGCUGAGGAGAGACCUGGAGGAGAAGGAAGAGACUUUGCUGCAGCUACAAGUAGAGAUUCAGUCAUCUGCAGAGAAAGAACAGCUGCUUUCUGAGAGAACAAGAGAACAGCAGGAGAAAUUAGCAGAGAUGAAGACGGUUAAAGCUAACAUUGCCUCUCUGACUCAAGAGAGAGACCAGCUGCUGGAGACACUGCAGGGCAUGAGAAAUGAGAGCGAACAGCUGAAGAGAGAUCAAUUAGAGAAGAGCGAGAUGAUGGUGCAGUUGAGGCAGGAGCUGCAGUCCGCUUGUGCUGAGAGAGACCGUCUGAUGGCAGAGAGAGACACUGCAUGUAACCGAUCUGGCUCUUCCUCCAGUGUGAUGUCUCUGAGUGAGGGAGGAGACCUUCAGGAGAUCCUGCAGGGUGUUCGAGAGUUAAUUCAGGUCCAAGGAGAGCUCAAACAGAAGAAACAUCAGGUGGCUGAUCAUACGAGUCCCACAGGGAAACAGAAAGCCCAACUUGAGCAGAUUCAAGAUCUCACUGAGGAGAUGGAGUCUCUGAGGAAUCAGAGGGUGGUGCUCAGGAAAGACCUUCAGGAGGCAACUGCGAUUUCUAAAAUGUAUGAGGAUUUACUGCACGUUACUAAGGAGGAGCUGAAGCAGCAGCAGAAAGAGAACGCAGAACUGAUGGAGCAGAGUGCUGUGAAAGAGUCUCAGCUUCAGCAGCAGUUGAGUCAAAUAAGUGGAGAUCUCUCAGCUCUACGAGACCAGCACAACACAGAGAUCCAAAACCUCCAAUUAAAACUCACCUCACUUACAAAAGUGAGGGAUGAACUCCAGGACACGCUAAAGAGAACCAGAGAGGAGGGAGAACAACUUAGGCAGAAUCUUCAAAAGAGUGAGGAGAUGAGAAACCAGUUGACUGAGGAGCUUGAGUCUCUCGCUGACAUGAAGGAUCAGGAGCAGGUCCUUGAGUCUUUAAGAGAUGUCACGAAAGAGAGAGAUCAACUCAAACAAGAACUGGACGGAAAGAUGGAGAAGCUGACACGCAUUGAAUCAAAAGCAGAGCAGCUGGAAAAGCAGAAGAUCCUCCUGGAAUCUGAAGUCCAUUCCCUCAGUCAGUCUCUCACUGAGGUGAACUGCAGUGGGUCUUCUGAUCAGAGUAACCUGCAGUCCAAACACAGAUCUGGAUAUCUGGUUCCUGAGAUUGUGUCUGAUGAGAAGCUGCAGGCGGCCUUUGCAAAGCUCCAGCAGAUCAUCGACCGUCCCUCUAACGCUUUAACUGAUGUGAACCGUGAAGAAUGGGCUGUGAUCUUUCAGCUGGUGCCAUUCAUUCCAAAGGAUCAGAGAGCGGUCCAUGACAAACACACCAAGAAAACAACCAGACUGAACCACGUGCUGAUCAAGAUCGCGGAGGCAUACAGGAGACUGGCGCAGCGCUACAAGACACACUAUGAGACGGAGGUGCAGCGUGACGUGGCCUCGUUUGAGGAGUCUCGACUACAGGACCUGCUCAUGGCUCAGACUCCAUCACAGUCUUUCCGAUCACUCCAGGAUGACUUCCAGCAGCUCUGGGAUCAGAGACUGUCAUGUCUGUUGGAAAGACGUCAGCAGUACUUGCAGAAACUGGAGGCUGCUCUAAAGGUUCUGGAGGACGGUUUAGCCAAUCAUGAAGUGAUGGUGUCAGAGGAGCAUCAGCACAGGACUCGUGCGCUGGAGGAGCUCAGAGCUCUACUCAGAUCUCCUCAGACUGCUGCUAUUGUACAGCUGCAUGAGCGACAAAUCGCUCGGCGUACCAAAGCGACAGAGCGUCUCAAUGCGUUUUAUUUUGCUCUGUUGAAUGAAUGUGACUCUGCGAUUUCCCCCCUCAAAUCGUCCUCUGCCGAGUCUGAGCUGCGCCUGAAGGAUCAGAGAAGAGAGACUUCAACUCUGCUUCAAGCUCAACACGGCACCCUGCCCAAAACUGAGACUGAACUUCUGCAGGACAAUCAGCGUCUGUCACUGCAGCUGCAGCAAACCCAGAAACAGAUCGAGGAUAUUCAGGAGCAGAUGAAGGAACUGAAGGUCCAGGCUGAUGCCUCAAAUCUUCAGCUUCAGGAACUCGGUGGCCAGCUAAAAGAGAAGGAAGCCCUCAUCCAGAGAUUACAAGACAAACUUAAAGAGUCAGAGGUUCUGGCUAAGAGGAGCAUGACACCAGGAGCCGCUGAGCUUGCCGCCCUAAAAGACAAACUUGUCAAAAUGGAGCUGGAUCACAUUGCAAUCACAACAAGUCAUGAGAAGGAAAUUGCACAGAUGAGCUCCAUGUUGGAGCACAGAGCCGAUGUCAUCCGCAAGCUGAAAGAGACCCUGAGGAAAAUGCAGCAGGAUGAUGAAAAGUCAUUCAUAGAUAUCAACAAUAGCAGAUGUCUUUGUCGAUAG